AUGAAGGCGCUGCGGCGGCUGAGCCGGCACCGCGCCGCGCUGGGGCUCGGCGGGCUCUCGCUCUGCGCCGCCGUCCUGCUCUACCUCGCCAAGUGCACUUCCGAGGGGCUGCGCCCGCUGCCCGCGCCCCCCGCGCUCCCGCACAGCCAGCCCGGCCGCGGGGCCCGCGCCGCGCCCCCGGCCGCCGCCGAGGGCAGCGCCCUGCUGGCCGCGGUGGUGAUGAGCGGCCCCAAGUACAGCGAGCGGCGCAGCAUCAUCCGCAGCACCUGGAUGGCGGCGGCGCGGCAGGCGCCUCACGGCCGCGUCUGGAGCCGCUUCGUGGUGGGCACGGCGGGGCUGAGCACCGAGGAGCUGCGGAGCCUGGAGCUGGAGCAGAGCCGCCACCGCGACCUGCUGCUGCUGCCGGAGCUGCGCGACUCGUACGAGAACCUCACGGCCAAGGUGCUGGCUACCUACGUGUGGCUGGACGCGCACCUGGACUUCCAGUUCGCCCUCAAGGCUGACGACGACACCUUCGUGCGCUUGGAUGUGCUGGUGGAGGAGCUGAGGGCCAAGGAGCCGCGGCGCCUCUACUGGGGCUUCUUCUCGGGCCGCGGGCGGGUGAAAUCCGGGGGGAAAUGGAAGGAGAGCGCCUGGCUGCUGUGUGAUUAUUACCUGCCCUACGCUCUGGGCGGCGGCUACGUGAUCUCCGCCGACCUGGUGCGCUACCUGCGCCUCAGCAGGGACUACCUGAACCUGUGGCAGAGCGAGGACGUGUCCCUGGGGGUGUGGCUGGCGCCCAUCGACGUGAAGAGAGUGCACGACCCCCGCUUCGACACCGAGUACAAAUCGCGCGGCUGCAGCAACAAAUACAUCGUGACUCACAAGCAGAGCAUCGAGGACAUGCUGGAGAAGCACCAGACGCUGGCGAAGGAAGGGAAGCUCUGUAAAGAGGAGGUUAAACUGCGGCUUUCCUACAUGUACGACUGGGGAGUGCCUCCCUCGCAGUGCUGCCAGAGGAAGGAUGGCAUCCCCUGAAGGGCUCGGGAAGAAGGCUCAAGGGAGGCGGACUCCGCUCGCUGUUUUCACGGGGAGAGUCCCGUUCCGAUGGAAUUCUCGCCUCGGUUUCUCCCCUCAGAACACUGGGCCUAAAAGGGUUUGGGCUGCAGGCGUGGCUGGGUUUAGGGAAUUGUGGUAAAUCGGAGUCAGAACUCCUGGAAUUUCCCGCUCCGUACCCAUGGACAGACUUCCCAAAUCCCAGCCUGGUGCUGUGGAUCCAUGAUUCCAGCAGAACCCAGCUGGAAAAGCUGCUGAAAUGGAAUUUUUUGGCCUCAGUUUCUCCCUCAGAACGCGGGGAACGAAUCGUUCCCCUCAGGCAAAAAGCUUCGGGAUGCAGGCCUGGCUGGAUUUGGGGAGUUGCAGUUCAUUGGAUUCAGGGGUUCAUUACUCUUUAAAAAGAUUUUGCACCGCUGGUUCUGGCUCCCCGGGAGCUGCUGACGUGGCACGGUUCACCACGCUUAAAAUAAAAAACAAAGCAGUUGACAGAAAGCACAAAAAAAGGUCAAAUGCCAGGAUUGAAGGCAAAGAAAAGCUGCCAAAGCACAGAGAGUGUA